ACAGAAGCACUCCCCCCUGUAUACCUAUCACACCUACAUACCAUCCAACUCCCUCCCCAGGUAUAUCCCCAUCCCUUGCUUUUCUUUACUGCCAUACCCACCCUGUGCAACCACUCCCUCAACACCUCCCCAAAGGAUUCAAUUCAUAUCUACACACUUCUACACGUUGUAACCAAGCACCUCUGUCUAAUACACUCAUUUCUAUAGAAUGAUAUACUCCUACCCUGUUUCCUGUUAAAACCAUUCACUGGUUUGAACACCCCUGCUGAAGCCUCCACCCCAAUAUUCCUUGUUUCCCAGCCCUCCAACUUAACAUAAAUGCAGCCUUUCCAAACCACCCCUCCAGCCCUCUGCUCCCUUAAAACAUUUAACAACCCUCAAUUCCUAUUCUAGCCUACCAGUAUCAUCACUCCUAUCCUUUGAAAACCUCCACCCCCUUCAGCUUUUGCAGCCUGCAUCUAUAUCAACUGUUAGUUCAAUGCUAUUUUAGAUACUCCACGAGAAAUAUCCAGUGAUCCAGUGAAAGUCAUAAAGUCUGGAAUAGUGACUUUCAGAGAAUGUCUGGAAGGCAAAUCCAAGGCACCUUAUGAUAGAUGGCUUAGAAAAGGUAAACCUGCAGCUACAGCUUGGAAUAGACUUUUUUAGCAGCCAGUUGUAAAGAGAAACUUUCAAAGGAAUUCUGGAAGCAACAAGAGCAAUUGCAGGAAAGCCUAAAAAGACAUUGUUGGUGCUCCUAAAAAAGAGAUAUAUUCCAAUCGACAAAUAUUAGUCUUGCCAUGACUUGCGUCCAAUGAACUUCAAUACAUUUUCUUCAUUAUGUCAGUCUUGAAUGUGUGAACUUCAGGGGAAGAAUAAAGAUGCUUGAUGUACAGGGCAGGUAAUUGGGGAACAUCCUGGUGGACUAUCCAAUAGAUGUGAGACCGGCUCAUGCAUGUUCAGCGGAGGGACAUUUGGGUUUUCAGAUGGAGGUUGUUACAUGGGGGACUGGCAGGAUGGUCGGGCACAUGGUUAUGGAGUGUGCAAAGGUCCUACAAGACAGGGGGAAUACAGUGGCCUCUGGAGUAAUGGUUUUGAGUCCCUGGGAGUUUACACCUGGCCAAGUGGAAACACAUAUCGUGGAUACUGGGACCAGGGCAAGAAGAAUGGACUUGGCGAAGAGCAUAAAGGACGCUGGCUGUACAGGGGCGAAUGGACUCAUGGUUUGAAGGGGAGGCUUGGCAUGAGAGAGAGUCUGUCUGGAGCAAAAUACGAUGGACUAUGGACAGAUGGACAGCAGGAUGGAUAUGGGGUGGAAACGUACUCAGAUGGAGGUACAUAUCAAGGACAAUGGCAAUCUGGUAAGCGCCAUGGUUAUGGAGUGCGUCAAAGUGUUCCCUACCAUCAGGCUGCCCUCUUACGUUCCCCUCGUACACCAACACUUAGCUCUUUGCCUCAAUCCCCCAGUACCCACUGCCCCACUGUUACUAGUCUUCUUCCAGGAAGCCCAGCCUCUGGAUCCCGAGGGGGAUUUGUCUUGAAAGUCAGAGGGGUAGGUUCAGAAUCCCAUGGAGGUGGAAAGCCCAAAAAAAGGAGCUUCUUCUUUUCACGCUCUAUCAUUCUAAGUGGUUUUCGAUUACAUCGUGGAUCUGAUAAUAAGACUCCCUCAAAUGGUCGAGAUAGCCAGCGUAGUUCCCUUCGAAGUGAGACAAGGGGUGCUGGGGGUUCUUUUGGAUCAAGUGCCAGUCAAGAUGGCUCCAGUGCAAGUGUGGCAGACACAGAUCCAGAGUUGCCAAUAGCUGCCUGGGAGACCGAGAUAUAUGCAGGGGAGUGGAGAAGUGAUCGACGCACUGGGUAUGGUGUCAGCCGCAGGUCUAAUGGACUCUGCUAUGAGGGAGAAUGGCUGAGGAACCGUCGACAUGGUUAUGGUAGGACAACCUUUCCUGAUGGCUCACGAGAAGAGGGAAAGUAUAAGAUGAAUACACUGACCAGUGGCAAAGUUAAAAGUCUGUUCCCACUAAGAAGGGGCAAAGGUCGAGAGAAGGUGGAGAGAGCAGUAGAAGCUGCAAGAAGAGCAGAGGGUACUGCCAGACAGAAACAGGAAAUGGCAGUGGCCAGUGCUGCAGAUGCCCGCCUUCAAGCUGACGCAGCGUCUGUAGCUGCUCAACAGGCUCUGGAAGCUUCUCGAGCUGCACAGAUUUUGUCACAAGACCUAGAAGAAUUGCUGGAGACACCAAGUUCCCUGUGUGUGCAGGACGGGCAGGAGAACAUAGCUGAGGAAGGUAUACCAUGGCUUAGGCAGUGUCCAGAGUUGAGUCAUGAUGGGACCCCUUUACCUGAUGGAACCCCUGAGCCCAGCUUGCCUCCCAGUCAUCCUGAUACUCCCCCUGGUUUCAAUUGCACCCAACACUGGGAAACAACUCUAUGCCCACCUAUACAGGAAGAGGAGGAUAACUCCACUGAGGCAGGAACACCUGCGCACCUUCCUGAACACUCACAAGAACAAAUGCUGCCUGAGUCCCACCCUCCCACAGGACUGAACAACACCAAAUCCAGCAUUGACUUUGUGGGAGAAGUUGAUGUGGAGAUAAUAGAGCCUCCCCAAAAAACAAGUAUGCAAACGGAUGCUGACCCUCUUGUGGUGGCUAUCGUGCUGUUUCUUGAUGUCUCGCUCGCAUUCCUCAUCUCCUAUUUUCUGACAUGAUGAGAUGAAGGAGUGUCCCUUUUCUGACACUCACUCGCAAUCUGUCUCUCCUUCUCUACCUCUCUUCCCUGAUGUUUACAUAUAAAGGGCUCUAUCACUUUCAAUCAUGCUCUCUUUCAGUCUCUCUCUUGCUCUCUCUGUCGCUUGUGAUCUGAGAAGCAGUCUCCUUAACGUAGUACAAAGUCAAUAUGGACUAUGACUGUUCAACAUUCAUCUUCCUUUUAUCUCUGUCUCUCUGUCUUUUGUUAAACCAUUCUCCUCUGUUGUAGCCCCUCUUAAUGUUUCUUGUGUUCUUCUCUUACUCUCUCUUGAUAUUAUCUUCUUUCAAGGAAUGUAAUGAUCCUGUUCAGCAUAUCUGCAAGAAUUUGCCUUUGCAGAGUAAAAAAGCCUCCUACCCAGCAUUCCUAUACCUUCCUUUGCCUCCCACUCUUGCCUUAUGCUCUUUCAUAUAUUGCCUUCAAACAUCCUUCAGUCGUUCUCUGCUAAUCCCUUUAAUAUCCUGUGCCAUCUUACACAAAUUCCACAUUUAAUUGUCCUGCACAAUACUCUCCCAUAUCCUUGCCCAGCAUUUCCCUGGUUAUGCAUUGUGCCUGCCCUUUUCUACAGAUGCACAAUUUCUUUCUUGCUAUGAUGCCUGAAUUCUCCUGCCCGUUCUCUCCUACCAACUGCAUUGUGCACCCUCUUACCUCAAGCUUGAUUUCCCUGUCAGAGCAUGCACUUCAUUCCUAUUUUUGUAGCAGUAUUUUGCCUACUUAUGAACCUGGAAAUGCAAAAAAAAAAAAAAGAAAAAAGUGUAAAAAAAAAAUAAGAAAAGAAAAAACUGAGAUAAUAAAAUGCAUAAAAUACCAACAUUUGUGUGUUAUAUAUCAUUACUUCUGCAUCUCUACAUCUACU